AUGGCCGGUAUCAGGAAGAGGCAAACUGGUGUUGCGCGACGCAGGAGACUGGACGACGAGGACAGCAGAUCUGUGGCGACUGAGGGCGCCGAGGAUUCCCAGAGCGACAUUUCGGUGCCGAGCGACGUGGACGAAGACGCCGAUGCAGACAACAGCGACCUCAGCGAGGUGGACAGCUCCGCCUCGCUGACAGAUGGCAAAGCAAAGCGGAAAGCAAAUGGCACUCGAGACGCAAAACCACGGGCAGACGUCACAAGCCGGCGGGUCCCUUCCCCGCCCAUUGCACGAUCUGACGCGACCUUCACGGCAACGAAAGACACAGAGAUAAUGCUUAACGGCCUCACGAUAGCAGACAAAGCCGCUGAUGAUGAAGUGGUGGAUUUCGAGACCGGCCAAGCCGUGGGCGCUCUAGCACCAGCGGUUGCUGCGCCAGAUCGGUCUGAAACAUUUGCAGAACGCAAGAGACGGGAGCACGAAGAAUACAAGAAGAAACGAGACUCGGAUCCUGCCUUCAUCCCGAACCGCGGCGCCUUCUUCAUGCACGACCAGCGAUCCGCGCCUGCUCAGAACGGCUUCAGACAAUUCGGUGGGCGUGGUGGUAUGAGAGGAGGUGGAGGGAUGGGUGGGCCCUUUGCACCAGCCAGCAUGAGAAAACAAGCACCAGAGGCAACAGACUCACCAUGGCAGCACGAUCUACACGAGACAGUCAACAACGGGGGCAGCGCUCAGAUUGCGCCAUCACAACCUCAGCCUGCACACUCUGGUGCAGCUGUGCAACAUGGAGCGGCCCCGUUACAGCAAUAUGCUAGAGUGCAAGCACAACCGGCCCCGAAGCCUCCGCAGACACGCAAUUUCUCGACUACCCGGCAUACCCACAAUGCACUCGUGCGCGUGUUCUUGCCCACGAUGAAGGAGCCGAUUCUGUUUCAGAAUGUUCCUAUCAAACAACAUACGCGACUGCCCAACCAUCGACCGCCUCUUCGCCGCGAUAAGCCCGUGCGCAUCUCUUUACCUCCUUCUGCACCACGAUACAUCUUCCCAACGGUCGAACGAUCCUUUAUAUUCAUACCGCGAGCGCUUAGACCCAACCAGCAAGGAUUCGGACGAGGGCGAGGCCGCGGUUUCGGUUCUUUUGGCGGUGGCUUCUCCAGUAGACGAACUAGUGCAUAUGGUGGCAGUGUUUACUCGCCAAGCGUAGCCAUGAGCAGGCGGUCGUCUAUGGCUCGCGAAAUGGGUAGAGACAGCUUGGUUUCACCAGCCGGAUCUAUCAUGUCUCGUGGAGGUUACGAUCCUUCGCGCCCGGUUGUUCGACUCCCGCCCGGAGGACCUAAAUAUCCCAACGCGCCACCCGUUAUCUCACCGCAGAGCGCAAUGCCGUCUGGCUUAUUCCAGCAACCCUACCCGCUUCCUCAGAAGCCGACCUUCCGCGAAAAUUGGACUCAAGGUCAGAUUCCCAUGCAUCAACCUCGUCCUCAGAAGACUGUCUCGGUCGCCGGCAUCGAGUCACCGGCGUCCAUGACUUUCAAUCCGCCGCAGCAGCAGGAGCAGCAGCCGUUCCACCAGCAAAUUCCCGCCCACGCAAAUGGAGGAGCGCCACCUGCCGAACCACAGCCCUUUUAUUCUCACACCCGCCAGCCUUCGUUCCCCAUUCAGGCGUCGACAGGUACACCAUUGUCCAAUAUUCCUGAAAGGGCUAUUCACGCCCCAGCCUUCCAGCCCUUUCAGCCUGGAUACCAACCCCAGAAUUUUGCUGUGCCACAGGGCUACUAUUACCCGCAGAACGGCGCUCAACCUCCGUACAUUACUCCUGGUGGUAUGGUGCCUAUGUUUGUGCCAAAUACGCAGCAGAGUGCAUACGUCAUGCCUAUGGUUGCACCUCCUGCACCCGCUCCUCCCGCUCCUCCCCCUGCUGUCCAACCCAGCCAGGUGGCCUAUGAGUCAAAUGGUAUGACAUACUAUGUCGAUCCGACGCAGCUUUAUGCCCCGCCCAUGGAAGGAUAUCCGCAAGUUGCAGUUCCUGGCAUGGGAGGGAUGAUGACACCUGGGCCUGACGGUGCAUACUACUAUCCGCAGCAGAUACAGCCGGCGCCUUUCUAUCAACCUCAGUAG